UAAGGCUUUGGAAUGGAAGGUCCUCUGGUUGAUGCAGAGGGCUUCCCUCAUGCAGAUGUUAAUGUGUAGGAGAUCAGAACAGCAAGGGGCAGGAUUUCUUGUAAGAAUGCUUGUAGCACUGCUGUGCAAUAUAACAUGUUUUGACUGACACAUUACUUGACAACAGUUAGACAACCUAUUUACAGUGAUGCAGUGCGUUGCUUCUGGCAUGUGUAAAGGGUUGCCUUGCUCAUGUACUACUGCCUACUGGACUUUCUCUGCUUAUUAUGGCCACCUUAUCGACGUGGCAGGUCUACAGAAUGAUCACAAAGCCAUCAUGGUGGAAAUCGAGGAGGCCCUGCACAGGUUGCAUGCUCGAGAGAAGGCAAAGGGACCAGGGCCAGGCAGAGUCCCAGAUUGAGUCCAUGGAGCAGGAGGUCACCAUGCCCUUUCCCUUCGCGUGUGUGGAUGCUGUCUCACAAGGCUCCCCUGCCUGUCAGGCUGUGAGUGUUUACAGUGCCUAGAUUGACCUAAAACACAUAUAGAAUUUGAUUACAACACUGACAUGGGUAUUUACUUAGUGUGUUUGUUUGUGGUAUUUAAGGGUGGUUUUGUUUUCAGUUAUGAGAAAUUGAUGUUUUUCCCCCAUAGUUAGUGAUGAAAUCAUAGCGUUUGGAUCCGUCAACACAAGGAACUUCCAGAACCUGCAGAAUAUUGCCUCAGUGGUUCAGCAUAGUGAAGGGGUAUGUUGGUCUGUGAUCAGAAUAAUCUUGUUAUAACCGCUUUUAUUUUAUUGUUCAUAUGCCAAAUGACAUUAUCAUGAUAAUGUAUCAUGAUGACAGCAAUAUGAAAUGCAGUCACUACAUUGAUAACAUACCAGGCAUGACAUGUUGUCUUUCCAUUUUCUCUGUAGAAACCAUUAAACGUUAUAUUGAUUCGAAACGGCCAGAAGACCCAAAUGGGCCUUACCCCACAGCAGUGGUCAGGGAGAGGUUUACUGGGGUGAGUUUCCUACCUAUUGAGCUGGAUAUUAGACUGAUUUCUAUUUGAUCUAAUUUUACUGUAGUUCACAUUUGAUAGCAUGGAUGUUAAAAUACAUGCCAUGCCAAGAUGCAAAAAAGAAACAUCCCUUUUUCAGGACCCUGUCUUUCAAAUAUAAUUCGUAAAAAUCCAAAUAACUUCACAGAUCUUCAUUGUAAAGGGUUUACAUUUUACAUUACAUUUUAGUCAUUUAGCAGACGCUCUUAUCCAGAGCGACUUACAAUUAGUGCAUACAUUAUUAAUUUUUUUUCAUACCCCCUGUGGGAAUCGAACCCACAACCCUGGCGUUGCAAACGCCAUGCUCUAUCAACUGAGCUACAUCCCUGCCGGCCAUUCCCUCCCCUACCCUGGACGACGCUGGGACAAUUGCGCGCCGCCUCGUGGGUCUCCCGGUCGCGGCCGGCUACGACAGAGCCUGGAUUCGAACCAGGAUCUCUAGUGGCACAGCUAGCACUGCGAUGCAGUGCCUUUAGACCACUGCACCACUUUAAACACUGUUUCCCAUGCUUGUGCAAUGAACCAUAAACAAUUAACGAACAUGCACCUGUGGAACGGUCGUUAAGACACUAACAGAUUACAGAUGGUAGGCAAUUAAGGUCACAGUUAUGAAAACUUAGGACACUAAAAACACCAAAAGAAAGAUGCCCAGGGUCCCUGCUCAUCUGCGUGAACAUGCCUUAGGCAUGCUGCAAGGAGGCAUGAUGACUGCAGAUGUGGCCAGGGCAAUAAAUUGCAAUGUCCGUACUGUGAGACGCAUAAGACAGCGCUACAGGGAGACAGGACGAACAGCUGAUCGUCCUCACAGUGGCAGACCACGUGUAACAACACCUGCGGGACAGGUACAGGAUGGCAACAACAACUGCCCGAGUUACACCAGGAACGCACAAUCCCUCCAUCAUUGCUCAGGCUGUCCGCAAUAGGCUGAGAGAGGCUGGACUGAGGGCUUGUAGGCCUGUUGUAAGGCAGGUCCUCACCAGACAUCACCGGCAACAACGUCACCUAUGGGCACAAACCCACCGUCGCUGGACCAGACAGGACUGGCAAAAAGUGCUCUUCACUGACGAGUUGCGGUUUGGUCUCAACAAGGGUGAUGGUCGGAUUCGUGUUUAUCAUAGAAGAAAUGAGCGUAACACCCAGGCCUGUACUCUGGAGUAGGAUCAAUUUGGAGGUGGAGGGUCCGUCAUUGUUAUGAUUAAUUUUCUGGUAUCGGUAAGUUCAGGAUGCAAGAGAGUAGUCGAACACUUAGAUGGAGAGUUGAUUCAUAGUUAUUUAAUAGUUACAGUACUGGAUUCAUCUGACAAGCGCUACGGGCAUAGCCUAUUGUCAUCCAAAUGACUUUACAUAGAAAACCUCUGUUUAUAUAAUGCUUUCAGAACUAAUUCCAUCCAACAUUUGCCAACCAUUAUUGAGUGCCACUCAUCUCCUACAAUAGGAUCCCCCUACAUGGUAUCGUGUGGCACCCUAGCCAGGCCAUUUCAUCACGUACUCCUAAGUUUAGCACCAUUGGCCCCCAAUCUAUCUUGGCACGUAGACCUUCUGUCACACACCCGUGACAUAACUAACACAUGGCGUGGCCUUAUCCUUUCUAUAUGAGAUCAACGACAUUAACCAAAAUGGUAUAAAAAUACGUUAUAUCAGUCAUGGUCUGGGGCAGUGUGUCACAGCAUCAUCGGACUGAGCUUGUUGUUAUUGCAGGCAAACUCAACGCUGUGCGUUACAGGGAAGACAUCCUCCUCAUCCUGACAUGACCCUCCAGCAUGACAAUGCCACCAGCCAUACUGCUCGUUCUGUGCAUGAUUUCCUGCAAGACUGUCCGUGUUCUGCCAUGGCCAGAGAAGAGCCCGGAUCGCAAUCCCAUUGAGCACGUCUGGCACCUGUUGGAUCGGAGGGUGAGGGCUAGGGCCAUUCCCCCCAGAAAUGUCCAGGAACUUGCAGGUGCCUUGGUGGAAGAGUGGGGUAACAUCUCACAGCAAGAACUGGCAAAUCUGGUGCAGUCCAUGAGGAGGAGAUGCACUGCAGUACUUAAUGCAGCUGGUGGCCACACCAGAUACUGACUGUUACUUUUGAUCCCCCAUUUGUUCAGGGACACAUUCAAUUUCUGUUAGUCAUGUCUGUGGAAUUUGUUUAGUUUUUGUCUCAGUUGUUGAAACUUGUUAUGUUCAUACAAAUAUUUACACGUUAAGUUUGCUGAAAAUAAACGCAGUUGACAGUGAGAGGACGUUUCUUUUUUUGCUGAGUUUAUAUCUAAGAGAGAUUGAUUAUUGACUGCUUAUUAAUUGUUUUUCCAACAGAUGUAACAUUGUACCCAUCCAAAAAUGAUAAGGAUCAUAAGGUGACAUCUUCGGGUCAACCUUACCACUAGCUCUGCGCUGGUAUGCCACUGGGUGGCUAUGAGUUAGGGAUAUGUUUGAGCCCAUAGAUUAGAAGACUGCCAUUUUCAACUGAUCCAAUGUCAAUUUCAUGUUCUAAUAAAAAGUAUU